AUGACUCCAUGGCUCGCCACUGUGUUGAUGUACCUCAGUGUGUGGCUUGAAGUCCCAGCCGUACUGGCACAUGGUCGCCUGAUUGAACCGCCCUCCAGAGCAUCGAUGUGGAGGUACGGUUUCAACUCCCCACCUGACUACAACGACCACGAGUCCUACUGCGGGGGGUUCACACGGCAGUGGAUCAGGAACGGUGGAAAGUGUGGAAUAUGUGGGGAUGCUUGGGAUUUACCUCAGCCAAGAGCACAUGAGGCUGGAGGAACAUACGGCCAUGGUAUAAUCGUGAGGCGUUACAAGAAGGGUUCAUCCAUCACCAUCCGUGUAGAGAUCACUGCCAACCACAGAGGCCACUUUGAGUUCCGUCUCUGCAAACACAAUUCACCUAAAACAGUAGCCACUCAGUUCUGCCUGGAUCAACAUGUGCUGAAGCGCACCAAAGCCAGCUCUGGUGACAACAUUCAUCCCACCAGGUAUUAUAUAGGUGCAGAGAGCAAGGUGUAUGAGGUGCGCUAUCACCUACCUCCAGAAGUAACAUGUACCCAGUGUGUGCUGCAGUGGCGCUAUCUCGCAGCCAACAACUGGGGACGAUGUGACAAUGCCUCUGCUCGCAUCGGCUGUGGGCCGCAAGAAGAAUUCAGAGCUUGUGCUGACAUCGCAAUCGAAGAUAAAGCUGGAUCAGCUGAUGAUACACCAUACAAGGAAACCAACGUCAUCGAAGAAGAAAAUGAUAUUAAUCUUAACAAUAACGAAAUUGAUCAUGUUUAUUCUGAUCAACAAGAAGACUGGUUGUUUGUAUCAGUUAUUAUCAUACUAAGUGGUAUGUUCUUUACUGUAGUUGCAUACGCCUUCUUAUUUAUUUACUACUAUGGGGCAAACAAAACACUAAACCCGUGUUGGCAAUCAACUGUAUAUAGUGUGAGGCAAGUUUUGAAAACGGGUACAACAGAGUCUAUCAAACCAGUCCCUCCUCCGAGAACAAAGAAACCUGUCUUAAAUUCUGAUGUUCCCAUUAUUUCCACUGCUUAACAAUCAUGGUACAAACCUGUAAUGUAUAUUUCACCAACAAAAACCUCUUUUAGAUUUCAAAUCUCUUCCAAAACUCGCAGAUUAAGUACAUUAGUGAUAAGAGCUCUUUCAUAUUAAUUGCAUGAUGAUUUUUUGGGUAUAACCAAGUUUUUUUUUACAAUGUCAGCACUUCCUCAUUGUUCCUUUAAUACUACACUAUCUACCUAAGAUAU